GAGAGAGAAAUAUUCCUUUGGGUAUUUGUAAUUUUGUGGAUCUAGGUCUCUCUUUUCAGUCGUCACGCACACUCUUGCACCUUAAAUUUCACAAGACGAACCCUACCUCUCAAACCUUAAUCAAGUUUCGGAUACGUCCAAGGAGAUCAGGAAUUUCACCAUCGUCGACGACCACAAUCGUCGUCGACAUCUUGAUUUGAAACCCUAAUUCUCUACGCACUUUUUCUGUCAAUUUUUCUCCCUCUGAUUUCUUCGGAAAUCUAUGAAUCUGUAAAACGGAACGGUCAAUUUCGGAUACAACUGCAGUAGAGAAGAGUAGUUCCGAUUUUCGGGACCGAUUGGUUGAUUGAUUUAUUGAAAUAUUGAUUCUUUUCCCCAAAAUUGUUGAGUCACAUCGAGGUUGUGAAAUUAGGGAGGACUUUGAAUUGAAAGAAAUUUGAAUUUUCUUUUUAUGCACUUGUUCGUUUUAAUAAAUUCUGAUAGAAUAAAUGUACGGAAAAUUGGUGUUGGUGUACGAAGGGGAGAGGUUGCUGGGAGAGGUGGAGUUGCAACGUCAGGGCGGCGGCGUUUGGGGGGAGGAGAUUAAGGAAAUUCGGAUAUCACACUAUUCACCACCCAGUGAGAGGUGCCCGCCACUCGCUGUGCUUCAUACCAUAAACUCCACCGGAAUAUGCUUCAAAUUGGAAUCUACUGCCAAGAAUGUGGACUCGCCGCUUUCAAUUUUGCACGCCACCUGUCUCAGAGAUAACAAGACAGCUGUAGCAAUCAUUGGAGAAGGGGAGAUUCAUUUAGUUGCUAUGCAUUCAAGAAAGUAUGAAGGACAACAUCCUUGCUUUUGGGGGUUCAAUGUGGCAUCAAGUUUGUACAAUUCCUGCCUUGCCCUGCUGAAUCUCAGAUGUCUUGGCAUUGUAUUUGAUCUUGAUGAAACACUCAUAGUUGCUAAUACAAUGCGCUCAUUUGAGGAUAGGAUCGAUUCUCUGCAGCGCAAAGUAAAUUCUGAGUCUGAUCCACAGCGCGUUUCUAGCAUGCUAGCUGAGGUUAAACGUUAUCAGGAUGAUAAAAAUAUUUUGAAGCAAUAUGCAGAAAGUGAUCAGGUAAUUGACAAUGGGAAGGUUAUCAGGUCACAAUCAGAGGUGGUCCUGGCUUUGUCAGACAAUCAUCAAACUAUUGUCCGUCCACUCAUACGACUACAAGAUAGAAACAUUAUUCUCACUCGCAUUAAUCCACUGAUACGGGAUACAAGUGUUCUUGUGAGAUUAAGACCUGCAUGGGAGGAUCUUAAAAGCUACUUGACUGCUAAAGGUCGAAAGCGCUUUGAGGUUUUUGUUUGCACAAUGGCAGAAAGAGAUUAUGCCUUAGAAAUGUGGAGGCUUCUUGAUCCAGAAUCAAAUUUGAUAAACCCGAGGGAUCUCUUGGACCGCAUUGUGUGCGUCAAGUCUGGUUCUAGGAAAUCACUGUUCAAUGUUUUCCAAGAUGGAAACUGCCAUCCUAAAAUGGCAUUGGUGAUUGAUGACCGUUUAAAAGUAUGGGAUGAGAAAGAUCAGCCACGAGUACAUGUUGUUCCUGCAUUUGCUCCGUAUUUUGCACCUCAAGCUGAAGCCAACAACAGUAUCCCUGUGCUUUGUCUUGCAAGAAAUGUAGCCUGUAAUGUCAGAGGUGGUUUUUUCAAAGAAUUUGACGAGAGUCUAAUACAACGAAUUUCUGGAGUUGCAUACGAAGAUGAUAUUAAAGACAUGCCUUCUCCACCUGAUGUGAGCAAUUACUUGUUUCCAGAGGAUGACCCUUCAGCUUCUAAUGGAAACAAAGAUGCAAUUGGUUUUGACGGAAUGGCAGAUGCUGAGGUGGAAAGGAGAUUAAAGGAGUCGAUGUCAGCUUCUUCAACUGCUGUGACACCAGUAAUCAAUUUAGAUCCAAGAAUUGCCUCAGCUAUCCAGUUUGCGGUACCGUCGUCCUCUUUUACGGUUCAUCCACCGAAAAUACAAGGGCCAGCAGUGCCUUUUCUAGGUCAGCAACUGCCCCCAGUGACAACUCUGCCUAAACCACCACUAUCCCAUCUAGGACAAGGAGAAACAACCUUUCGUAGUUCUCCUGCAAGGGAAGAGGGCGAGGUACCAGAAUCCGAAUUAGAUCCUGAUACCAGGAGAAGACUGCUCAUUUUGCAGCAUGGUCAAGACAUGAGAGAACACCCUCCAAGUGAACCUCAGUUUCCUGCUCGGCCACCCUUGCAAGUACCCGUACCAAGAGUUCAUCCACGUGGUUGGUUUCCUGUUGAAGAGGAGAUGAGCCCGAGACAGCUGAAACUAAUGACACCACCCAUGGAGUUUAAUACAGACACCCUUUCUUCACAAAGUGGAUACUUCCGUCUCACCUGGCAGAGUUAUUGAAUCACAGAGGUUGCCGAAGGAGGAAAUUCCAAGAGAAAAACUGUUAAGAUUAAGUCAACCACUGCCUGAUUCUCAUUCUUUCUCUAGUGAGGAUAGUGCUAUGGCUCAGCUACCUUCAGCAAACGAGGAUCUUGAUCUUGAAGCUGGACAAAUUGAUCCAUACGGUGAAAAUUCUACUGAAGCUUUACAGGAUAUUGCUUUCAAAUGUGGAACAAAGGUUGAGUUCAAGCAAGCCCUAGUAUCAAGCACAGAACUUCAGUUCUCCGUAAAGGUUUUGUUCGCAGGAGAGAGAAUUGGUGAAGGAAUUGGUAGAACAAGAAGGGAAGCACAGCGGCAUGCUACUGAAGGAUCUCUUUUAUAUUUGGCUGAUAAAUAUUUGUCUCAGCUUAAACCUGAUUCCAGCAAUAUGCCUGAAGAUGGGAGUAGGGUGGGUAAACUGAAAGACAAUGGUUUCAUUGGUGAUGUCAACUCUGUUGGACAUCAGUCAGUGCCUAGGGCACAAACAGCAGUGGCGCCACCAAGGAUUCUGGACCUUAGUACUGAAGCUUCCAAGAGAUCAAUGAGUUCAAUCUCUGCGCUUAAAGAAUUAUGCAAUAUGGAGGGGCUUGGUGUUGCAUUUCAAACUCGACCCCAGUUUUCCAGUAAUCGGGGCCAGAAAACCGAAGUGUAUGCUGAGGUUGAAAUUGAUGGGCAAGUAUUGGGCAAGGGAAUUGGGUUAACAUGGGAUGAAGCAAAAUCGCAGGCUGCUGAAAAGGCUCUUGGUGCCUUGAAAUCCAUGCUUGGUCAGUUUCCUUACAAACGUCCGGGUUCUCCAAGAUCUAUGCAGGAUAUGCCCAUUAAAAGGUUAAAACCUGAAUUUUCUCGAGCUUUGCAGCGAAUGCAAUCCUCACCACGGCACCCUAAGAAUGCAGCUCCUUGUCCAUGAAACUUCUUCAUCCAUUGAUCUGCUUCUUGUAUAGCAUGCUCAAGUAAAUCUACAAAUCGUUGUGGCUGUGGUCCAAGUGCUCUUGAUGGACUCUGGAUUUGCCUCUUGUGUUCUGGUAGCUCACAGAAGCAGAACAAGGAACAAGAUAAAAUGAAACAGAACAAGAAAGGCCCUAACAAAUUUAUUAGGAUGCUGCCUGCAAGAAACAAGUUUUCUGAGAGUCAUUUGGGUGAAUAUAUGCCUAAGGCAUCACGCAGCUACUAGGGUAUUAGGGAUAGCACUGUGCAUCAGUUUACAGCACCAAUCAGUUGUCAGCACCGGGCUUCUCAUACAAAGAUAUGCUAACUUGACUGGCAUCCCCAUCUUUGUUUCCUCUGUUAAAUAAAUCACUUAAUUGGAUGAAGAUGAAAUUUUGUUGCACACCUGUAAAGUACUGUCUGAUGAAUGUGGGCAGUAAUACGUAUUGUAUAUAAACCCUAUUGUCUACUGUCA